AUGACUUUAUUAUAUCAAAUGGUACAUUUCAUUUUAUUUGCCUCAGUUUCUGGUGAGUGUGUGACCAAGCUGUUCCAAGAUGCCUACUUUAAAGGAGGAGACAUUACUGUUGUUUUCACACCAAAUGCCAAGCACUGCCAGAUAGUCUGCACCCACCAUCCAAGGUGUUUGCUCUUCACUUUUAUGGCUGAAUCAUCAUCUGAAGAUCCUACCAAGUGGUUUACUUGCAUCCUGAAAGACAGUGUUGCAGAAACACUGCCAAUGGUCAAUAUGACGGGAGCAAUUUCUGGAUAUUCUUCCAAGCAAUGCUCAGACCAAAUAAGUGCUUGCAACAAAGAUAUUUAUGUGGACCUACAUAUGAAGGGCCUGAACCAUAACAGCACUAUUACCAAGAGUGCUCAGGAAUGCCAAGAGAGGUGUACGAAUGACAUGCACUGUCACUUUUUUACAUUCGCUACAGAGCACUUUCCAAGCGUAAAGUAUCGUAACACUUGUCUGUUGAAGUUCACCCAAACGGGGACGCCAGCCAACAUAGCAAAGCUCAGUGAAGUGGUGUCUGGAUUUUCACUGAAGCCCUGUGCGCUUUCUAAUCUGGCUUGUAUUAGGGACAUUUUCCCUAGAACGAUGUUUGCAGACAGUAACAUUGACAGUGUCAUGGCUCCAGAUGCUUUUGUCUGUCGCAGCAUUUGUACUCACCAUCCCAGUUGUUUGUUUUUUACCUUCUUUUCUCAAGAAUGGCCAACAACAUCUGAAAGAAAUCUGUGUCUACUUAAAACGUCUACAAGUGGGUUGCCAAGCGCACGCAUUAGAAAGAACAAAGCUCUUUCUGGUUUUAGUCUACAACACUGCCGGCACAGUGUCCCAGUGUUCUGCCAUUCUGCAUUCUACCGUGACACUGAUUUCUUGGGAGAAGAACUGGACAUUGUUGACAUGGACGGGCACGAAGCCUGCCAGAAAACAUGUACCAACAGCAUCCGCUGUCAAUUUUUUACCUAUUCUCCAUCUCAAGAAUCUUGCAACGGAGGGAAGGGUAAAUGCUACUUAAAACUUUCUGCAAAUGGAUCUCCAACUAAAAUACUUCAUGGGAGAGGAAACAUCUCUGGAUAUACGUUAAGGUUAUGUAAAAUGGAUAAUGCGUGUACAACGAAAAUCAAGCCCAGAAUUGUGGGAGGAACCAAGUCUGUUCUUGGAGAGUGGCCAUGGCAGAUAACUUUGCACAUCACAUCUCCCACCCAGAGACACCUGUGUGGAGGCUCCAUCAUCGGAAACCAGUGGAUAUUAACAGCUGCUCAUUGUUUCAGCGAGGUAGAGUCACCUAAAGCUUUGCGUGUCUAUAGUGGCAUUUUAAACCAAGCAGAAAUAAAAGAGGAUACAUCUUUCUUUGGGGUUCAAGAAAUAAUAAUUCAUGAUCAAUAUGAAAUGGCAGAAAGUGGAUAUGACAUUGCCUUGUUGAAACUGGAAACGACAAUGAAUUACACAGAUUCUCAACGACCCAUCUGCCUACCUUCCAAAGGAGAUAGAAAUGUGACGUAUACUGAGUGCUGGGUGACUGGAUGGGGGUACCAAAAAUUAAGAGACAAAAUACUAAAUACUCUCCAGAAAGCCCGGGUACCCUUGGUGACAAAUGAAGAAUGCCAGGCAGGAUACAGAGGGCAUAAGAUAACAAAUAAGCUGGUCUGUGCGGGCUACACAGAAGGCGGCAAGGAUGCCUGCAAGGGAGAUUCGGGGGGCCCCCUGUCUUGUAAGCACAACGAGGUCUGGCAUUUGGUAGGCAUCACGAGCUGGGGCGAAGGCUGUGGCCAAAGGGAGCGGCCAGGUGUUUACACCAACGUGGUCGAGUACGUGGACUGGAUUUUGGAGAAAACGCAAGCAGCUUGA